AUGGCCACAUUACUUCGAAGAAAUUCAUUUCAGUCCGAACGAUUCCGCAGAUGUAGACGCAGAAUUUUAAUGCCAAUUCAAGCGGCCUUAAAGUCAGUCACUAAAGCGAUCACAAAAUCAAAGCUUCCUAACUAUGUCACCUGUGGGACAAUGUGUCAUUAUAGAACGAUGUUACUUAUAAUGUGCUGCUCUCGUACAGCGGCGGUUGACGAAUUUAAUGAAACUCAGGAACUGACUCCUAUUAUGAGAAAUGGUAAAGUCGUGUUAACGCGUGAUAAUCUUCUAAAGAAGAUAGAUGAAGAACAAGAUACUUGGCACUGGAAACCAUGGCUCCGAACAAGAGUCGAGGUUGUAGACGGCGUACUUCAAGAACUUGAGUGUCUAGUUAGAGACUCUAUAGAGAGUUUCCCCGACGGAUUGUUCGACGAUUAUCGUUUAAGGCAAGGAGCGUUUUUGAUGUACCUUUUAUUCGAUUUGAAAAUUCCUCAGGACGGGUCAGACAUGGGUAUUGGAACUAUUGUCGGUUCAGCUAUUUUCAAUGCUCUUGGAGUUGCUGCUAUUGGAGGUUUAGCUGCCAUCAGGCCAAUAAAAAUAGACAGUCGUGCUGUAACCAGAGAUGUAAUUAUCUACAUGUUUAAUGUGGGGGUUCUUGUAAUUUUGGUAUGGGACGGUCAAAUAGAUUGGUAUGAAGCACUCGUCUUGGGAAUUCUUUAUGUAUUAUACUUUGUUUUGAUGUUCAAUAGUGUAAGAUUGUUUGCACUAUUUGAUAGAUGCAUGGAAAAAAUUAGCUUGAGGAAUACAGUAACAAUUACAGAUGCCAAGGAAGUUGAUUUAAAUUCAAACGAGGAGGGUGUCGAUAAUAAAGGAUUCACUGAUGCAGUAGAUGCUUCUAAUUCUGAAAAAGUUGUACCAGUGAAUAGCGAUGCACCAGAAAAACCUAAAAAGAGUCUGUUCAGGUAUCCCAGUGAGAAAUCAUUGUCAUAUAGAAUAUGGUGGGGUUUACACUUGGCCUUUGAAGCUGAUAUUGGGAAUGACUAUUCCUUCGCCUGUAACUUGCAGGAGAUUCUAUCCUUUGGCCUUUGUGAUGUGCAUCGUUUGGAUUGGAGCAAAUUCUUACUGUGUAACAUGGAGCAUGACCGUCAUUGGACACACUUUAUUCAUUCCGGAAUCUGUCAUGGGCGAAGGUGGAAUCGUGUAUCAAACGCGCUUGGUGCCAACUCCUUGGCAAUACUGUUUGCGUUAGGAUUACCUUGGCUCAUUAAGACAGUAGAAGCCUUAAAAUCCAGGAGGCGGAUGAAGCCGCCGUACUCAUCAAUUCCGCCGGUAUUGACUUCGUUGUUGGAUCCCUGCUAG